GAAGUCUGAAGCAGAGCAUUACUUCCUGAAGGCAAUAAAGCUGGAUCCUGCUAGAGGAAACUGCUAUAUGCAUUACGGUCAGUUUCUGUUGGAAGAGUCUCGUCUGGGAGAGGCAGCAGCGAUGGCUCAGAAAGCUGCAGAGCUGGACAGUUCGGAAUUUGACGUGGUGUUCAGUGCUGCUCAUAUGCUCAGACAGGCCAGUCUGAAUGAGGCAGCUGAAAGGUAUUAUGGGAAGGCAGCUAAUUUAAGACCUGAUCAUCCAGCAGCUCUGAUGAAUCUCGGGGCGAUCCUCCAUCUUAAUGGGAAGCUGAAGGAAGCUGAGAGCAACUACCUCCGUGCGCUGCUGUAUAAUUGCUACAAUGGAUGA